AGCACGCCACGCGCAACGCAGCCCCUGGACAAGACGAUGAUUCAGAUGACAGUAGGCUACAACAUCAUUGCGGAGUUAGCAGAACUCUUUACACCGUGCUGGAGCAUCUUGCAUUGAGAUCUGUGACACGGUGGUGCUGAGUAACAAGUCGGGUUUGACGAUUUCAGCGACACCCUCCACACAAGCUUAUCCUCAGCAAGACAAACCAGAGGAGUUCCUUGGCUGGGCGCACUGUUCGCGUUCAUUGAGAAGAAAAUCGGACUGAGGAAGACCCUGCUAUUUCACUUUAUCGGUAUCUUUAGACAAAUCGCUCAAUUCCAAUAUGAAGGCGAAAGAUAGGGACCAAAGCUUGUCAGAUUCCAGAGAAUUAGAUGGUUCCUAUGAUCCUCUCACAGGUAACGCUCCCUCCAGCCAAAGCAAAAAAACCAUAAAACAGAGAUUCCUCAAACUGCUGCCCUGCUGUCGGCCCAGCGCCGCCCCCUCAGUCUCUGAAAACAGCAUUGAGGAUGACUUUGAACUGUCCACGGUGUGCCAUCGGCCAGAGGGUCUGGACAAACUACAGGAGCAGACGAAGUUCACCAAGAAGGAGCUUCAAGUUCUCUACAGAGGCUUCAAAAAUGAGUGCCCCAGUGGUGUGGUCAAUGAAGAAACCUUUAAACACAUCUACUCUCAGUUCUUCCCCCAGGGAGACUCAAGUACAUACGCACAUUUCCUGUUUGAAGCAUUUGACACAAAUAAGAAUGGGUCAGUUAGUUUUGAGGACUUUGUUGCAGGUCUUUCGAUUAUCCUCAGAGGGUCAAUCAAUGACCGACUAAACUGGGCGUUCAACCUUUAUGAUCUCAAUAAGGACGGCUGUAUCACCAAAGAGGAGAUGAUGGACAUUAUGAGAUCAAUUUAUGACAUGAUGGGAAAGUACACCUACCCCUGCAUGCAAGAUGACACUCCAAGGGAACACGUGGAGAACUUCUUUCAGAAAAUGGAUCGAAAUCAAGAUGGUGUUGUCACUAUCGAAGAGUUCAUUGAGUCAUGCCAAAAGGAUGAGAACAUCAUGCAGUCCAUGCAGCUGUUUGACAAUGUCAUUUAGGAGGGUCAACUGGUGGAGGGGACCCCAAGGCCUUGUUGUCUGGACUCCAUGUUGGCCUAAGGACCCCCACAACUGGCCUCCUUAUCCUCCAAUGUCAUUCCUUUUUUCCUAGAGACACUUGAAAAAAAGUGGGGCUGGCUUAUAGACACACACAUUUGUUAUUUUACAUUCAUCAUGUUCUGAGGAAGCUCUUGUGUUGACUCAUUCGAAAUACAGUCCCAGUCUGGGAGGGUGUGUGUGUGUGUGUAUGUGUAUGUGUGUGUGUGUGUGUGUAGGGGGGUGAUCAAGACAGAAAGAUGCGUGUAUAUGGGAAGACCAGAAGAUGACUGGAAAUGUGGCGACUGGGCAUUGUGACGACGACGACAACGACCCUCCAACAACAAACUGAUUUUAUUACCGCAUGAUGUCACAAUUAGUCCACACUUAUCUAUUUACCGAGAUACUCCAAAGCCUGUCUGUUGCUCUAUGUGUGUCCACACUGGUGCCUCGCUCCCCUUUAGCGUCUGCUGUCGUCGUUGUGCUUGUAAGGUUGUGUAAGGCUCUACUGCCGUCACUCAGAAUCCCAGGCUACCUACCCAACCACCACUCACUCACUUGCCAUAAAGUAACUUAGCUGACCAGUCCGCAGCGGUUAGUAGGGCAGAAAUGAUUACAUUCCAGAGGAGUCUCCAGUUUGGGCCUUGAAAUCUUUAGCUGUCGUAUGCUGACUGUUUCUCUCUGUGCCCUCACAGACAACUUCCGGUUAUAAACUCAACACAUGGCUAAUUGCAUUGUGGGCAAAUGUCUCACCAUAGCCAGCCAAUCUUCUUAGCUAAUUGUAUUGUAUCUAGAAUGGGAGUGAACAUGUGAAAUAAUAGUGUCCUCACUCUGCCAUGUAAUACUCGACUGUACCAUACAGUAGAUGAUGUCAUGGACACACUGAUGAGUGUGAUCUAGUUUGAAUAGAGAGAGGGGCUUCCUUCCCUCUGGCUAAGGCCUGGGAUGGACGUUAGUAUGUUGCAACGCAUUGUCAAAAGGAGCAGCCAUCUUUCCUCCAAGUUUAUUUUCCCAUCAAACACCAAAGAGAAAGGCUCUAGUCAGUUUUCCCUGAUCCCUUCCUUAACAUGCUACCAUCACACAUCUCAGUGUAUUCUGUGAUGGAAUGGGGCCUGGCUUGGAGAAUUAGAAGGGGUCACAUCAGCAGUAGGAAAGGUGGAUCUUUUACUUUUCCCAUUCAGAAGCAUAGGGAAAAGGGACUGGCACUGUUUUCUCUUUCCAGUUGAGAUUACUACUGACACCACACUACAGACAGCCACUAUAAUAAGUAAUGUAUUUUACAAAGACCAUUACAGAAGUACACAUCUAGAUGGGGUGGGAGGAGGGAGGGUGCAUACAAAUCUUUAUUGGUAGUGUAAUUUGUAUUUCUAUAUUUUAUUUAUUUCCCAAGCAGUUAAAAAGGGACGUGUAGAAGAUAGAUGGGCUAGUUUAACACAAGCAAUAAUGUCCCUUCAUCAACUGUGACCUGAAGUAUUUAUAAUGUCAUCCAGAGAAUUGAUCUACAAGAACCAAUGAUCAGUUGACAGAAUGAGAUAGAGUGUGUCAUGUCUAUCCCUACAGAGUAUUCAUUUGUGGUCAGCAGGGUGCAGAACAUUGGUGAUGCACAUACUCUGGAUCACUGUGGUUGUGUUCACUGUCCCAAGCCUUCCAGUGUCUCCUUUGUGUAAUUCUUGACCCUAAGCCUAUGAAGUACCGGUAAUUAUUGGCACUCAAGUUUAAUGUUUGUAUGAUUCUUUUGCAAGUUAUGUGAGGCUGUCGCCUUAUUUCAACAUGAGCUUGCUGCAGGAAGAGGUCCUGAUUUGAUAUCUUUUGGCAUGGUCCGAUUGUUAUUUUUUAACACAUGGAUAAUUGAAGUGCUGUAUUCCCAGUCUAGCUCUCACCACUAGACUCGAUGCCAAGCAUAUAUACAUAUCAACACACUUGCAAUGAAGAUCACCAUGAAUACAACAUUAAAAAUAACACAUUAUUACUGCAGUGCCUUGAGUGCUGUACUGAACUAAUUUGGUCACACCCUCUUCUAUGUAAAAUUAACUUGAUAUUCUUUUUAUUUUUGAUGUGGCAUGGAUGGAUAUCGAUAUUUGGUCCUAAUUGCUGGUAGCAGAACUCCAUUCCUACCCAAAGUGGUACCUGUCUAUAUUCGCAUGUACUGUCUAGAGCAAUGAUAAACUUAAUAACCUGGUGUACCAACUGUGUCUAGUGAGCUAGCCUCAACUGGUUGCAUUACAUAAAAACAUGUAUAUUUUGUAUAGACAAUAAAAAUCACAACUGCUAUGCAUAGUAUGUUAUGCACCAUUCUA